AGUAGGUUCUAAGGGGGUAGGUAGGUUCUCGUACAUGCUAGCAUAUACAACUUCAGUACUUGGCCACAUGGUGCAGCACUUGUACUGUGGAACAACUAGAACAAUGGGCAUGAGCGGAUCACUGCCCCUCUACUAUGGUUUGUAAGGCGUCCGUUCCUGAGUUUGUUUCCGCUUAGUUGGGAAGAGAUUCCUGAAGUGACAACAUUUGGGGUAGAAAGUAGUUUAGUAAAGUUAAGUUGGAAACUAAUUACAAACAUUCAAGAUAGGAAGAAUAUCAUAAUAAUGGACGUACAGCCGUACUGUAGUAAACCUAACGCAAGAUACAAUGAACGAACGUAUAAUUAUCAACAUAAUACCUUUAGAAGAGGAGAGCGGUAUCCAAAUUUCUCUCGCAAUAAUUACAAAGUACGAUAUGACCAAUCUAUAAUUCAAAUCGGUACUGAAAAAGUUGGAAGACUUAUUGGCAGAAGUGGAAGUAAUAUUAGAGAAUUACAAGACAGAACAAAUACGAGAAUUCACGUUGAUAGAUCAAGUAUAAAUGAUACAACAGCUGUAACCAUUAUUGGAACUAAAGAAGCACAACAACAAGCAAUAUGCUUGAUAGAAGAGUCAUUAAGAGAUACUGUUAGAACAACAGAGCCAGUACAAACAUUAGAAAAUGGACAAAAGGAAAAUGAGCAAAAGGAAAAUGAACAAAAGGAGCCGGAUGAAGUACCAAAAUUUCUUGAUCUUGAUUGGCAACAAAUAAGCAGGGAGCAUGAUGAAUACCAAAGGCAAAAGUGGGCAAAGUGUACUCCUAUAGUUAAAAAUUUUUACAAAGAGGAUCCAAUAAUUGCUAAUAUGACAUCAGAGCAAGUAGAUGCCUUUCGAAAGGAAAACAAUAAUAUAGAAGUGCACAUUGUGCUUGAAAAAGAAGAAGAAGAUAAUCCUGAAGUAUUAAGUAUACCCAACCCUAUUGAAACAUUUGAACAGGCCUUUCAAGAUUACUCUGAAAUACUUGAAGAAAUUAGAAAACAAAAAUUUGCUCAACCAAGCCCAAUACAGUGUCAAGCCUGGCCUAUUCUUCUUAGUGGCAGAGACCUUAUUGGCAUUGCGCAAACAGGGACAGGGAAAACUUUGGCAUUUCUACUACCUGCUUUGAUCCAUAUCGAAGGCCAGACAACACCAAGAUCAGAGCGGAAAGGACCAACUGUCCUUGUUCUAGCACCUACCAGAGAGCUAGCCUUGCAAAUUGAGAAAGAAGUAAACAAAUAUUCCUAUCAUGGUAUAAAGGCGAUAUGUAUAUAUGGAGGUGGAUGUCGUAAAAAACAAGUUACCACAGUAACAGAAGGUGUAGAAAUAGUUAUUGCUACACCUGGUAGACUAAAUGAUCUUGUAAGUGCAGAGGUUUUAAAUGUUUCUUCCGUUUCAUACCUGGUCUUAGAUGAAGCUGAUCGUAUGCUUGAUAUGGGAUUUGAACCACAAAUUAGGAAAGCUUUAAUAGACGUAAGGCCAGAUAGACAAACUGUUAUGACGAGCGCCACAUGGCCGCAAAGUGUCAGGCGUUUGGCGAAAUCGUAUAUGAAAAAUCCAAUCCAAGUAUAUGUUGGAUCGUUGGACUUAGUUGCUGUACAUACAGUGUUGCAGAAGAUUUGUAUUGUUGAUGAAAAUGAUAAGACUGAUAUGAUGCAUGAAUUCUUUCGCAACAUGACACCGAAUGAUAAAGUAAUAGUAUUUUUUGCAAAAAAAGCUAAGGUAGAUGAUGUAGCGAGUGAUUUAGCUUUGAUGUCUGUUAAUUGUUCAAGUAUACAUGGCGGAAGAGAACAAGCUGAUAGAGAACAAGCAUUAGAGGAAUUAAAAACUGGAGAGGCUAGAAUAUUAUUGGCGACAGAUGUCGCCAGUAGAGGAAUCGAUAUUGAGGAUAUUACGCAUGUUUUAAAUUUUGAUUUUCCACGGGAUAUAGAAGAAUAUGUUCAUCGUGUUGGACGUACUGGCCGCGCUGGUCGUACUGGUGAGAGUAUCACUUACAUGACCCGAAGCGACUGGUGUCACGCGAAAGAACUAAUUAAUAUUUUAGAAGAAGCUAAACAAGUAGUACCUGACGAAUUAUACCAGAUGGCCGCUAGAUUUGAAGCAUGGAGGGAGAAGCGAGCAACCGAAAGACGUUCCGACCGAAGCAGAAGAGGAAGAGGAGGUGGAGUCGGAGGAGGUUGGAGAAGAUGGUUUUAGCCUGGAAAGCUACGUACAUUUAUACAGUUCCUAUUCACUCAGGUUAAGUUAUACUUAAGUAUAUAUAUGUAAGAAAAACAGAAAUAUAUACUUUUUUUUAUGGAAUGUAAAUGUAUUAAAUCGAUAAUUAUUAUUUCAAAGUAAUUUAAGGACACUUUUAUAACAUGCGUUGUCGUGUUGAAGUGUAUUAAUAUAAUAAGUAUAUAUAUCUAACAAAAACAAUACAGAAUUACAUAAAUUUUUUUUAUUGAAUAUAAAUGUAUUAAAUUGAUAAUUAUUUCGAAAUUAAGGACACUUUUAUAACAUGCGGCUAUUUUGCAGAAGUGUAUUGUUUAUAUUUUGGAUAUAAACUGAAUAAAAAUAUAAAUUACAUACAAGAUUA